AUGGAUACAAUUCACGAUAAAAUGGUACGUGGACGUGGUCGUGGAUUCGGACGUGGUCGUGGAGCAAGUGGGGGUCGAGGCGGUGGUCGUGGCGCAAGUCGGGGUCGAGGCGGUGGUCGUGGUGCAAGUCGCGGUCGAGUCUUCACUCGCGGUGGUCGUCGUGGAGGUUCUCAAACAGCACGCUCACAAUCAAUGGAUACUGAUCAACAAACAACAUCAGUCAAUUCCUUAACUAAUCUUGACAUUAAUACUGAUCCAAAACCAUUUUUUGUUAAUGCGAAUGUCACAAUAGAUCAACAUAUUCAAGCACAAACAGCAAAUCUUCCUCGUUAUUUAGCUGCCUUAUUCACACUUGCUGAAAAUAAUGUUGAAAUUGGACAAAAAGCUAAAGCAUGUGCAUUAGCUGCUGCAUGGUGUCGACAUGAUCAUAAUCUAGCUAAUAAUCUUUUACGUCAUCGACGUUUAUUUACCUUAACGGAAGUGCUUAAAGCAGUGACUAUGUUAGAUGCUGCUCGACAAAUUCGUGUUUAUGAAAAGCAACUUAAACGUCUUGAAUUAAACAAAACGAAACCUAAAGCAACAAAACUAGGAAAAAUAAAAAAUAAUAUUGAUAAUUUAAAUAAACUUAAACCAUCAAUUGGUUCAGCUAGUGGUGCUGUUGCACGACAUAUUCAACGGUGGACAAGAACAUUAACUCCACAAGAACUUGAAUAUUUUGCAUUACAUAUGCCAACAGAACCAUGGAAAAAAUUAGCUGAUAUUGUUCAUUUUAAUCCAACAAAAGAUUUUCCUUCUUUACCUUGGUUUUUACCAUUUUGUUUUGGUACACCGGGACCAACAGAUUCAAUGGUAUCUCGUUGUCGAGAUUUAACAGCUGAUAAUAUUAAUAAUUUAAUUAAAGAAUUUAAAAUUCCUUAUUCGCAUUUGAAACAAUUUAAACAGCAUUUAAAUGAUCAAUCAAAAGCAAGAAUUGCAUCUUAUGAAGAAAAAUUAGAUACUAUUUUAUGGUAUUAUGAAGAUUUACAAUGUUCAGAUGUGGAUGAUAUUAUUGGUGAACGAAUACGAAAUGGUGAACAGAUUACAUUACCAUAUGGAAAACUUAUGGAACGUCUGUUACUUCUUCGUACAUUACGAGAUAAUGAACCUGGAACAACAAGCUUUUCUCGAGGUGCUGGACGAGGACGAAUUGCUAGAAAUGUCGAUAAUCAACAUUCAACACAAACAAGUAAAGCAACAUUCUAUUCAGAUUUAUUGGUAAUAGCUGAAGCUCAACUACAAAAGAUAAAUUUACCAUUAGAAUCACCUGUAGCUGUUAUGGGUGAUGCAUCAAGUUCAAUGAAUGUUGCUAUUCAGACAGCAACAAUUCUUGCAUCAUUAUUAACAGCAAUUUGUUCAGCAAAAUUGAACUUUUUCAAUACUCAAAUGUUUUUACCUUCUUUCACACCAAAAACUAUUGAAGAUGUUCUUACAUUAGCAUUAACAACAAGAGCAAAUGAUUCUACAGCAAAUGCUGCUGGUCUUGUACCAUAUUAUGAUGGUAAAGAAGUGAUUAAAACAUUUGUUAUGGUAACAGAUGAAGAAGAAAAUACAGAUGCUCAAUUAGCUGAUGGUACAUCAACACGAUUCUUUAAUUUAUUUAUGAAAUAUCGUGAAGAAAUUUAUCCAGCUAAAUUAGUAUUUAUUUCAUUUCUUCGUCACCAACAUGCUCAAGGACAAAUGUAUAAGGAAUUUCAAGAUGCUAAUGUAUCGGAUGUAAUUCAAUUUAAAUUUAGUGGUCAACGUCCGGAUUUGACCAAAAUUGAUAAUCUAUUGGGUUUAUUAUCGACUGGUUCAUCAGAAUCAUUUGAUGAUAGAUUAGGAAAAUUACAAAAUGAAUUCCAAGAGAAUGGUGUGGAAUCAGUCAUUGCAAAAUUACUUAAUCAACAAGAAGAAAGUUCUGUUUCAAUGGAAGCAGAAAUAGCUGCAGCGGGAACGAACUAA